GUUGCGGGGUUGCUGCUUCUUGCUUCUUCUUUUUCCUUUUCGAUCAAAAUCGCCCGAAGAGAAUUUUUCUCUGAACUGACAAUAAAUAAUUUAAUGGAUUAAAAUAUGAUCGCAAUUCGCUAACUAGAAGGCUAGAAGCUUUUGUAAAACGUGCAAUAACAGAUAUAAAUAUUUAUAUACAACUUCGAGCGAAUAGAAACUGGGCUGAGUUGUAAUUUUAAACAAUAUGAAGUUGUAUCGUCGGACACUGUUGGCUGGUGUAGUUUUGCUGGCAGUGCUUGGUCAUCGGAAUAUUGUCUACUGCGUUGAGUUGACUUUUGAGCUUCCCGAUAAUGCUCGAGAAUGUUUUUUUGAAGAAAUAAAAAAGAAUCAAACAGCCACGUUGGAGUUUCAGGUUGUAACGGGUGGGCAAUAUGAUGUGGAUGUGUCGCUGGAAAGUCCAACUAAGGAGAUUUUAUACAGACAGAUUAAAACACAAUUCGAUUCACAUCAAUUUACAGCACAGGUAACCGGUAUCUAUGUUGCUUGUUUUAGCAACGAGUUCUCUACUUUCUCGCAUAAGCUAAUCUAUAUGGAUUUCCAAGUUGGCGAUGAACAACCAUUGCCCGGUAUUGAUGAACACACAACUGUGCUGACGCAACUCGAAACAUCAUCUCAGGAAAUUCACAAAAGUCUAAAUGCAAUUCUGGACUAUCAGACACACCAUCGGUUACGUGAAGCGCAGGGGAGAAAACGAGCCGAAGAUCUGAAUGAACGCGUGCUUUGGUGGUCCCUAACGGAAUCAGUGGCUAUUUUGCUAAUCGCCAUUGGACAAGUCAUUGUUUUAAGAAACUUUUUCUCCGAGAAGAAACCGAGCCAAAUGAACUAUCAACAGUUUAAGUAGAGAAUGAGUAGUAACUCUGCGGGACCUGGCUAGUUUUCACCACGUUUGAAGCGAUUAAUUCAUACAAUCGAACAGAGCUCCCAUGCUAUUUGUGCUUCGAUUUUUCUUAUUUGAUUGUACUGUCUCAGCCACGUAAAAUUUGAUUUAUAAAAUUUAUCUAUGGAUUGGAAGUAAAUCACUACAGAUAAACAGCGCAAUAUUGUAGAUAAGAAUUAGAUCUAUGUGUCCUAUAGUCAACUUCUCCAAAUUUUGCAUGGCUGAAACAGCAAAAACCAUUACUUAUAAUUACAAAGAGCAUGAUUGUCGUCUUAUCAUGUUAAUCUGUCUUCAGAUAGUGUGAUUAAGAAAAUAAAGUCACCGUACACCUUUAACAAUAUAAUAAACAUUUUCGG